AUGGGGAGUACUGAAGAAUUAGUUGAUUACAAAAAAGAAGCUGAUGAUAACAAGUUCACUUGGGUGAUUAAGAAUUUCUCCUCUUUGCCAUAUGAUAAAGUCUAUUCCAGUCCAUUCGUGAUUGGUUGCUGCAAAUGGCAUCUUCUGGCCUAUCCCAAGGGAAAUAAGUUUAAUAAUAGUUUGUCUCUGUAUCUUGUGGUUGAUGAUUCUAGAUCAUUGCCUAGUGGAUGGAAAAGAUACGCGCAGUUCUCCUUAACUAUAGUGAACCAACAAACGGAAAAACUCUCCCAACGAGGAGGAACAGAGAAACAACACUGGUUUAAUCAGAGAAACCUUGGCUCGGGUUUUACAUCCAUGAUCCCACUUCCCAACCUUCAUGCCAAACACGGUGGAUUUCUUGUGAACGGAGAAGUCAAGAUUGUUGUGGAGAUAGAUGUUCUUGAAGUCAUUGGAAAGUUAGAUGUAUCAGAAGAGACUUCACCAGUAAUGGAAAGCAUUGAUGUCAACGGGUUUCAAGUUCUUCCAUCACAGAGAAGUUGA